AUGGGAGUACAAGGAUUUUCAACAUUUAUAAAGAAAAAAACACCAAAGGUAGGUGUUAUUGUUGAUUUGUUACAUGAAUCAAAGAAAAAAGAUAUUUUAAUUGGAAUUGAUGGAUCAUCAUUUAUAUUUUACGUUGCAAAUCAAAUUUCAAAAAUGAAUUCAUUAAUAUUAUUUAGAAAUUAUAUAAUUGAAUUUUUUAAAGUUUUAAAAGAAAAUAAUAUACAAUGUUGUGUAUUUGUUGAUGGAUUUAAUGCAUAUGAUAAAGUGAAUGAACAUGAAAAAAGAUAUAUACAACGUACGGAACUUUAUAGAAAAUGUGCAGAUCAAGCAUUACAUGAUGUAGAAUGUAAACAGAUUUCACAUUAUCAAUUCCCACAUCCAUUAUUUUCAAAAGAAUUUACAAGUAUUUUAAAAGAAAUCAAUGUACCAGUGUUUGUAUCUAAAUUUGAAGCUGAUAAAGAUUUAGCUCAAUGGGCAUUAGAUAAUCAAAGUGAUAAUCUUUUAGGUAUAUUUUCAAAUGAUUCAGAUUUCUUUUUCUUUGAUACAAAGUGUUAUUAUUUCCCUUUAGAUCAAUUAUCAUUUAAUCAAAAUUCAAUUACAAUGGUUGGUUAUACAAUUGAUAAAAUUUCAAAUUCAUUAUCAAUUAAAAAAAAUAAAUUACCAUUUUUAGCAGCAUUAAUUGGUAAUGAUCAAACAAAACAUAUUAGAGGUAAUAAAAGAUUUGGAUUAAAAAAUACUCAAGAAAGAGCAAUUUAUAUUGUAAAUUUAGUAAAAAAUCAAAAUUGUUCAGAUUUAGUUUUAAUAAAAGAAGUUUAUUUUGUAACACCACAAGAUAUUGAAAAAAUUAAAAAUUCAAUAAAAAAUUAUUCAUUAGAAUCAAUCAUUGAUAAAGAUUUUUUAAUUGAAGAAAAUAGUAAAAGUAAAUUUAGAAAAUCAAUUAUAUCAAAUUUAAAUAUAUUUAAUAAUCAAAGAAAAGAGAGUGAAAAGAAUUUAGAAGAUGUUUUAUUUUCAAUUAGUGGACAUACGAGUAGAAUUUAUAAUUUCUCAAAAUUAGUUUACCCACCUCAAUAUACAACUCAUAGACAUUGUUUUGAACCAUCAAAUGUUUCUUUUGAAAAUAGUAUUUUACAUUUCACAACUACAUUAUCGUCACAUUUAUUUGGUCUAUUGGUUGAAUUACCUGAUAGAGCAAUUACAAAAAUCACUGAAUUUGUAACUGAUAGUAGUAUUCAACUUUUAAAAUUAGAAUAUGUACCAGACUAUUUAGCAUAUUCUCAUCAUCAAUGUUUUUCAAAUCAAGUAUCAUUCAAUCAACGUUUAUUUGAUUAUUGUAAACUUUUAAAUUCACUUUCUUAUUAUUAUAGUUUAUCAAAAAAUAAUACUUGUUUAAUUAAUCCAAUAACUUUUGAUUUUUAUAAUUUUUAUAUAAUAACAACAUGGAAUUUUAUAUUAUCAAAUUCAUUAAAAUUUAGUAUAAAAAUUGAAGAAUGGAUGGUUGAUACAUUUAUUAUACAAUCAUUAUUUUUAAAGAAUGAAAUUAAAAUUGAAUUUCCAUUACAGAAUGAUAUGUUUCAACCAUUAUAUAUUGGUGAAUUCUUUUUAGUUACACUAAGAUGGAGUUUAGAUUUAUCAGAUGCAAUGGCUUUACCAAAGUAUGUUAUUUCAAAUGGUGGUAAUGGGUCAAUUCAACCUGGUCAUUUCUUUGAAACCAUUUAUAUUCAUCCACUUUGGAGAAUGGCAAAUUUAAACCGUAAAAAUAGUAGUAAAUUAUUAUCAUUACAAAAUUCAAAACUUUCAAUCACUGAUAAAUUAAAAUGUUUAUUUGAUCAAGUUUCAAAUUUAAUUACACCUUUAAUUAUUAAUCAAUUUACUUUUAUAAAGUCACAAUUAUGUUUUCAAUAA